CCUAUACUGAGGUGCUGAGAGGAGCUACACCAGUCUGCUGCCAGAUGCUGGCUUUGAGGGAGAAAAAGAUUCGGUUUGAGAGGGAUAACGCAAGCGGAGCCGUUUGAGGGCAAGCAAAGGCCUUGUUUAUAAAGGAAAUUCUCACAACAUUGCAAGAUGUGGACCUCUUACAUGAACGGCAUUGUAGCACAGAAGAAAGUACGCAAAGAAUGUAACCAAGUGAAAGAUUCCGUUGUGUUUCCUCCAAUUGGCAACGAUCUGCUGGGUAACUCUUUUCCUCCUGUAAUUCGGAAAAAACAAGUGAGCAGCUCAAAGAGCCAAAGUCUCUCCAAUAGCUUGCAGGAUUUGUUCUUCACUCCUCGGAUCCUGGACUCACACAGAAUUUCAUAUACGAUCAGUGACCUUAAGGACAACAGAGCAGCAGAAUGUCAUUGGAGAGUGCCUUAUAGAAAGGUCAGCAGUGAUACAAACUGCAAGAUCAAGACCCAUUUAAAGAAUCAUUUGCAUCAACGACAUGUGAAGCGGAUCACUCAGAGUUAUGAAUCUGUAAACAAGGACAAUGGAGCCUCUUCAGAGAGUGACAAGACCUUUUUACAUCUAGGACAGUCAUACAACAUUUCAUUAUAUAAGUCUGGCGGCUGCACAUCACCUCAACUCCUGAACAGUCCAACUGGUUACUGUGAAGAUUUAUUGUCCUGUAGUCUGCAGAAUGAAUUGAGAUACUUUGGAGAAACAAAGGUAGCACAGCAAAUGAGCCAUCCUGGAAAUGACUGUGAUGACCGUGAAACUUUUUCACUUCCAGCUGAUGCAAGCAGUCAAGCAGAGAGUUUGGUGUCAGUUUCUUGCAAGGAGCUGGAAGAAGAGCAGGGGUUAGGACCAUGGCAAACUGAAAUUUCAGGAACUGAGCUCCAUCGUUUUGCGGAUGGAGAGGCAUCGAAUUCUGAGGAUAAACAGUGUGUACCUGAGUGCCCAGAUCAAAACCCAACAUCGCAGACAGCAGAGUGCACAGGUCUAGAAUCUCAGAAAGCCUUCAAUUUACCAAGUCUGACAGCAUCAAAAAGCCUGCCGUUACUAAUGGCAGAUGAAAAACACCUUUCAACAUCCAGCAACCCUCUAAUUGAAAUAAUGAAAGGAAAUAUCAAUAUAGCCUAUUCUCCUAAGAAGAAAAAGAUUAUGAUAUACAUUUGUGGUGGCUACAAAGAUACAGAACAUGAAAGGAAUGCGUUAAUGAAGAAUGUAUACCCACAAUUAAGCACUUAUUGCAAAGAAAGGGGUUACGACGUCAUGAUGGUUGACCUUAGGUGGGGCAUGAAAGAUGGAAUUAGUGACAAUCAUACAAUAGUCCGACUACAUCUCGAAGUACUUAAGGAAUGCCAAACUUCAGAAGGCUCCAUUUUUAUUCUUUUAAUUGGCCAAAAGCAUGACUCGCUUUUCCUCCCUGACAGCAUCGUGAAAGAUGACUUUGAAGCUAUUUUGAGCUUUAUUGAGGCCAAGAAAUUGGAGACUACAAAACGGCAGCGUGGAAAACACAACCGUGAGCACCACACGCUGCUUGAGGGCCCCGGACUGUGUGAGGAAUCUCAGAGCGGACGACCUGAUCUGACUAACAUUUCAACUCCACAAGAUAAGGAAGUGCCAGAAAGCUGUGACACUGGAGCCGGUGAAAUCCAGUCUGCCCGUGUCCCUCAGGCACAUGACACAAAUGAUACUGUACCUCAGUCUACACCAGACUUUGGGAAAGCAAUUGGGCUUCUUCAGCAGUGGUACAAACUGGAUGAGAACUGCAUUCCCAGUGUUUACAGGCUGCAGCCAAUAAGGACACACUUCAGAGACAUUUACAGUAUGGAUCCUUCACGUAGACAGCAUUCAAAGAAUAAUUGGUCAAGUUCUGCCCAGAAGCUAUAUAGUAUUCUCCAGGAAAAUGCACCUUUGGCACUCGGUAAAGAAAGAGCCUCAAAUCUUCUAAGGACAGUUAUAGAACGCGAGGUUAACCAGGGUCUACAGACAACGGGACCUCCAGAGGAUCAUUGCCAUUGGUUUAAACGGUAUAUCACUGACAUCCAAUGCAACCUGUCAAGUGAGAAAGCUGCAGAUUUUAUUGAUGUCUGUCCACGUUUGCCAGAAAUUAACAAAGAAUUGUAUGAAGCCCACACACAGUUUCUGGAAAGCAUUCAUGCCAAGCUUCGGCACACCAAUAUUUAUGAGUACAAGGUCAGCUGGGGAAGGGAUGGAAUCAAUCCGCAGCUUAACAGGUCCCACUUAUUCUACAUUGAACGCCUGUGUGCUGACUUCCAAAAAACCUUCAUUGCUCACUUUCACAGGAACAUUGGCUCACUGAAUACUAAGAGAGGGCCAGAGAGAAGGUACCACACAAUGAAACGUUGGGUUAAUGAAGAGAUCCUAGAACAUGUACAUCAUUGCCAGACACUAGCUGAAUUUUUCAUUGGAAGAGAAACUUUCUUGCUCAACUUGAAGGAAUGUCUGCAGGAAUCGAAACAAAAACCAAUCAUCCUUCUCGGGGAGGUUGGAUGUGGCAAAAGUGCUCUCAUGGCCAAAGCAUCUCUGCUGGCUUCUGAUUGGGUCUCUGGAGAUCUGCGGAAAAUUGUUCGUUUUAUUGGCGUAACAGGAGAAACCCGAAGUAUUCGCUUGCUUCUUCGCAGCCUGUGCGUCCAACUUGCUGAGAUAUAUGACAAAACAAUCUAUUUCUCAGAGGAGAUCGGUACCAGCCAUUGUUCUCCAUCCUGA